UAUCCGGAAAACUCCAGGUCCCGAGCAUUCUGGAUAACAGGUCCCAUACCUGUAUAGCACAAAUCUUAGUCUCAUACAAACAAUUAAAUCACUGAAUUUGCCAAAUUAGUCCUUCAAGGGCCACACCUGCAACUUGCAGCAAGAGACAAACAGACACUCGUCACCUCCACUUGCAGAGCUGGACACACAUGAAAUCUACAGUCUGAUUGGCUUAUAAUUCCCCAUUUACACUCAGAGGUGCAGCCAACUCACACACACAUAUCAAGUCCAUGAUCCUUUGUGGCUCAUGAGAAAUGGACAUGUAAGCUGCAGGCUGCACUGAUUUCUAUGUCUAACUCCCCUUCUCUUAAGAAAAAAAAACCCAGCAGUCUCCUCCCACUCUGAGUCCCUGUUCACUCGGCUCCACCCCACGCUGCGUUACCUGUCCUACAUUCACCUGUAUCUUAACCCUUUGUCUGCUGGGGAUGCUGGGGCCUGUAGUCUAGCAGCAGUGGCUGGAGAUGAGUGGUUGCCGGAGAGAGCCCAGUCCCAUAGAGGGCGUCGGCCGAGUGUGAGACUGGAUAAGCGAGUUAUUCUGCACAAGAUAAAGGGGUUGGCACAAGGCAGGGGAGCUUGGCAUACCUGAGACUGGAAACACCUUUGCAGCUGACAGCGGGGAAAGACAGGCGGCACUUUGGGUAAAACAUGGUUGUUAAUUACCGGGAUCAGAAUUAUGGGCAGUUAAAAGAUGGAUGCCGACUGGAGAGCCACCUCUUUGAAGACCCAACGUUCCCAGCGGAUAAUCGAUCCCUGUACUACAGUCGGACGCCCCCUGAGGGGUUAGAGUGGAAGCGCCCACAGGAGUUGGUGCAGAAUCCUCAUCUCUUCACUGAAGGGGGUAUCAGUGCCCAUGACCUGCAGCAAGGCAGUCUGGGUAAUUGCUGGUUUGUAGCUGCAGCUGCUUGUUUGGCCGGGGACCCCUCUGUAUGGAAAAGGGUUAUACCGUCCCCCAAGGAGCAGGACUGGCCACACCCCGGGGCUCCUCCCCACGUGGGUAUCUUCAGAUUCCGGCUCUGGCGAUUCGGCAGGUGGAUAGAAAUAGUCAUUGACGACCGUUUGCCCACAGUCCGGGGGGAGCUGCUCUUCUGUCGACCCGGCCCAAGAGGGGCCUUCUGGUGUGCUCUGCUGGAGAAAGCCUACGCCAAACUCAAUGGCAGUUACGAGGCCUUGGAUGGAGGCAGUACUGCAGAGGCGCUCAUUGACUUUACUGGGGGGAUCUCCGAGCCCAUCGACCUCCUGGGGGAGAAUUUUGCAUCUGAAGAAGAGAAGAAGAAGCUGUUCAAAGCUCUGCUGAAAGCCCAUAGCCGGGCGUCUCUCAUUAGUGCUGCUAUCAGGCCGUCUUCUGGUCAGUCUCUGGAGCAGGUCCUGUCUUCAGGCCUUGUGAUUGGCCAUGCAUACAGUGUUACGUCUGUGCGGAGCAUCACUCUACGCUCGGGGCUCCUGUCUCUGUUCCGCACCCACAAACUGCGCCUCAUCCGUCUGCAAAAUCCCUGGGGGAGUGGAGAAUGGAAUGGAGCCUGGAGUGAUGGGUCAGAGGAAUGGAAGCGAAUAAGCUGGUCAGAGAGAGAGAAGAUGGGUGUCACUGUGAGUGAUGAUGGGGAUUUCUGGAUGAGUUGGGAAGACUUCUGCAGUCACUUCACUGACCUCACUUUGUGCCGGCGGGUUAACACCAGCUUCCUGAGCCCUCACAAAACCUGGACUGAGGAGUCUGCCCUGUCGUUGUGGAGAACAGAUGCAGAUCCCCUGAAGAACAGGAGUGGUGGUUGCCCCAACAAUAGGGAGACCUACCUGCACAAUCCUCAGUUCACCUUCGAUGUGACAUUGGAUCAGGAUGUUGCUCUCAUUUCUCUGGAACAAGAGGAUCGUAGGACCCAACGCAGCGAGGGAGGAGAGAAUUUGCCCAUUGGCUUCUUUGUGUUUAAGGUUGAAGUGAACCGUAAAUUCCGCCUACACCGCACUGCAACAAAGGUUUCCUCUUCCACCUACAUUAACUCCCGUAGUGUCUUCCUGCGCACCGAGCUCCAACACGGCCGAUAUGUCAUCUUACCGACCACAUUCACCCCCGGCCUAACCGGAUCCUUCCUCCUGCGCCUAUAUACUGACCGAACCAGUCAUCUCAGGGAACUGACUCGAGAUGUCCCUGAGCCCUCUUGCUUCUCAUUCUGCCUGGGGGCCCCCCGUCUGAUCACCUCCAUCACUGUACAUUCAGCUUCAGGGCUGUCGGUCCCUGGGGGUGGCAGAGAUCCUUCAUUCUAUGUGACAGUUCAUUGUGAGGGGGAGAAAGUGAGAUCCAGGAGUGUAAAGAACCAAAACCCUGAGUUUGACUUGAAAGGAGUUUUCUACCGGAAAAGAAAGGGCCGGUCGCUCCUCAUUCAGGUGUGGCAGGUGCAUUUUCUGAGGGACACUCUCAUUGGCAGAGUCUCAGUCCCCUGUCCUGUUGGGGAAUCCAAUCAGACCCAUGUGCUGAGACUACAGAGAAAGGAUGGAUCAUCCUCAGGAUAUAUCCUCAUAGAGGCCACAACAUGUGCUGAGCUGACUUCUCUGUGACUAACUCCAAGCUUCUCCUUCUCUGUCCCACUGGGUCACCCCUCUCCCCUUCUCCCUUCCUCUUGCUUUCUCCCUUCCUCUCUCCUUCUUCCUUCCUCUCUCCUUCUCCCUUCCUCUUGCCUUCUCCCUUCCUCUCUCCUUCUCCCU